AUGGCGGAGGCCGAAGCUGAAGAAAUCGAUCAAAUAAUCGCCCGAGUCGAGGAACUGGAACGGGUUGAGGCAGAAGGACAAGAAGAGCGGCGUAGGGAAGAGGCUGAACUUGCAAGACUCGAAGAGCAGCGCCUUCGGCAGGAGGAGGCUAGACGCAGGGACGAAGAACGAAUGGCACAAGAGUUGCGACAGACCCUCCGACUCUCUGUCGACGACGCAUGUCAGGCGAUUCAGUCGGCCUGGAAUGGUCUCCUGCCAGCACAGAAAAAAAGCUUGGAUGACAGGCAUUCGCAUGCCGAGCAACAACAUGUGCAAAUCCGUGAUGAGGCGAUAAGGCGACAAGGGCAGGAGAAUGGCGAUAACUUGGCAAAGAUGGAAUCCAAUAUUGCAAAGAGAACACACGCGAUCAGCGAGAGGCACAAUGCAGAGCAGGGAGUGUUUGCCCUUGCGCAGCAAGAGCUGGAAGACGACAUGUUCCUAGAGAUUCAGCUGCACCUCCGAGGCAAGCAGGACAAGGAAGCGCGAGAACGCCGGCUCCAGGAACGAUUCCAGAGACAGCGCGAGGAGAGACAAGAGAAAAUGCGCUCGAGGCAUCGAUCCGAGUUCCAGGCUCUGCAAGCCAACAUGACAAUGGAACUCCAAGGUCUGAAGUUGACCAGUGAGAGCAAGUUGGCCCGCCUUGAGUACAAGUUCCGAGCGGAGUUUGGGGCUCUGUGUGGCAACGUCGCGGCAGACCGUGCGUGGUUCGACUUCCUCGCGGAGAGACGUCAGAACAUGGUCGACGCGAACCGGCGGUUGAUGCUCGAAGCCCUGGACGCCGAUCAAGAGCCGGUUGGAUUGACUGAAGAGGCGGCCAGGGCAAUCGGGCCAUUCUUGACAAGCACCCAGCUCGAUGCUCGGCGGCGCAUCGACUCGGGGCUUUGCCCUGACAGCGUUCUUCUUCAGGAACCAAGACAGGAGCCGUGGAGAGAGGUCCUAGUGCCCUCACCGGCCAGCAGUGCGUCUCCUGCACGCUCCUUCGUCGACCUUGCUGUGACAUCCCAGCAAUUGCUGAACAGUCUAGAUCCCCCAGCCACCACUCCAGGACCCGACGGCGAGACAUCCCAGACCGGUGCCGCCACCCACCUCAUGUCCAACAGCGCCUUCGCGUGGAUGACCGGUGCCGACGAGGACAACCCCGCGUCAGGCAGUCACAGUGUCACUGCGCAGCACUCCCCCCCGACUCGAAGUCAUGGACUCCGCCGUCAAACUCGUUCACGUGCUGCGCCCAUGACCUCAAGGUAUACGGCAACGGCCAAUCCAGCCGACAUGGUAAUGUCGGGAGCGCUGCGCCAGAGAAAAUACUCGGCGUCACCCAGGGGCCAUCUAGAAGUUCCGUUUACAAUCCUUGCACCUCUGCAGACUGGGAGACACCGGCUAUCCCCGUCCUCAGAAGGCCUGCAGAGCGCAGAGCGUUACGUGGAGGAUGCACCGCCCCCGGUGCCCGAGGUGCCCUCCAUCUUCCUCGCCCAGCAGCCCGGCAGCGAGGAAGAGAAGAUCGAACACAAGUCAUUCACGGUGCCACAGCCAAGAGGACUGGGUGGCUUGGUGCCCGUCGACACCCCAGCCAGAGACAGCCAUCGUGCUACAAGUUCUUACCGCACCCAUACCCGCCAGGAGUCUUCGUCCUCGUCCUCGAGUUCCAGCUCGCUCCUCCUGACUCCCUCGACGGCGCCGACAUCGCGACCCCCGUCCGCCACACGUACCACGAGCUCCCGGAGCAACGGCGACAGCCUCUUCCUGCACAGCCUGAUCACGGCGACGACCAACGCGGCCACCGCGGCCGGCCGCCCGUCGACGACCUCGCUUUCGCCCGUCUCGCCAACAUCCCCAGCCGCAGAGGCGACGAAGCUGAAGUCCGAACCCGCACCAGGGCGACAGAUGCGGUUGACGCGAUCGGUCUGGUCCAUUCUGGGCUGA